AUGGAGCCCUCAGUUCCUGGACUAUCCCCUUGCACCCCUUCAGCCCAAGCCUGUGUGAGUGAUGCUACCACCAUGACCAACCCUGCAUCUGCAUUCUAUUGGGACACCAGGAUUGAGGGAAAGGAGUUUCUUGAGAAAGAAGACGUUUCUGAGGAUUUAGACGCACAGGCAGAAAUAUUAGAAAACUGUACCAGUGAUGUUUCCCUGGAACCUGAGCUCGGAGAACUUUGUGAGGAUUUAUUAGAAAGAGACUGGGGAGUCCAUGAUGACACCAGUCAGGUGCAGUCCCUAUGCGGAGAGGAGGACCUCACACCAGUGGCAGUGCUCCUUACCAAUCCCGUAGGGGAGAGAGAGAUGCACUGUGGUGAUUUUGAAAGGAGCUUUAGUCGGAGCCCACACUCAGCAGCAUAUCAAGGAAUCUCUGUGGAAGAGAGGCCACAUCUGUAUCCAUGUGGCCAAAGCUUCCAACACAGCAUGGACCUAACUAGCCAUGAGAGUCCCCACACAAUUGAAAGCACCUUCAUAUGUAAUGAAUGUGGAAAAACCUUCCUAGGAAACACUGAUCUUAUUCAGCAUCAGAUCAUCCACAUGGGACAGAAGUCCAUCAUAGGCAGUGAAUGCAGAAAAGCCUUCAGCCAGAAUUCAGCUCUUAAAAAUCAUCGGAGAUCUCAUGUGAGUGAGCCCUACCAGUGCAGCGAAUGUGGAAGAGCAUUCCAUGUGCACGCAAACCUCAUUAGGCAUCAGGUCACCCAUGGUGGAGAGAAGCCUUAUGUUUGCAGUGACUGUGGAAAAGCCUUCAGCCAGAAUUCCAGCCUUAAGAAGCACCAGAAGUGUCACAUGAGCAAGAAGCCCUAUGAAUGCAGUGAGUGUGGGAAGGCUUUUAGGCGGGGCUCCAACCUUAUCCAACACCAGAGAAUUCAUUCUGGGGAGAAGCCUUAUGUGUGCAGUGAUUGUGGGAAAGCCUUUAGGCGGAGCUCCAACCUCAUCAAACACCACAGGAUUCACACAGGUGAGAAACCUUUUGAGUGUAAAGAGUGUGGGAAGGCGUUCAGCCAGAGCUCACAUCUGAGGAAGCACCAGAGGGUUCACACUGGAGAGAGACCUUAUGAGUGUAAUGAGUGUGGCAAGCCAUUCAGCAGAGUCUCCAACCUCAUUAAGCAUCACCGGGUUCACACAGGGGAGAAGCCCUAUAAUUGCAGUGACUGCGGGAAGGCCUUCAGUCAGAGUUCAAGCCUCAUUCAACAUAGGAGAAUUCACACUGGAGAGAAGCCUCAUGUGUGUGAUGUGUGUGGAAAAGCCUUUAGUUACAGCUCAGUGCUCAGAAAGCACCAGAUAAUCCACACGGGAGAAAAGCCCUAUGUGUGUGGUGUCUGCGGGAAGGCCUUCAGUCACAGCUCCGCCCUCAUUCAGCACCAGGGUGUGCACACGGGUGACAAGCCCUACGAGUGUCAGGAAUGUGGGAAGACCUUUGGCCGCAGCUCUAACCUAAUCCUUCACCAACGAGUUCACACUGGAGAGAAACCCUAUGAAUGUACUGAAUGUGGGAAAACCUUCAGCCAGAGCUCAACUCUCAUUCAGCAUCAGCGAAUCCAUAAUGGAUUGAAACCCCAUGAGUGUAACCAGUGUGGUAAAGCCUUUAACCGAAGCUCAAACCUCAUUCACCACCAGAAAGUUCACACUGGAGAGAAGCCAUACACAUGCAUUGAGUGUGGUAAGGGCUUCAGCCAGAGCUCACAUCUCAUUCAACAUCAGAUCAUCCACACCGGAGAGAGGCCCUACAAGUGCAUCGAGUGUGGGAAAUCCUUCAGUCAGCGCUCGGUCCUUAUCCAGCACCAGAGGAUUCACACUGGAGUGAAGCCCUACAACUGUACUGCCUGUGGGAAGGCCUUCAGCCAGCGCUCAAAACUGCUCAAGCACCAGCUGACCCACACCAGGGCGUGA